AUGGCAAGUCCAUCAGCAAAAAGAGCAGCUGAAAACUUGCAAAAUUCUCCGGAUUUUCACAAGUUCAGCUCCCCAAUUUUGCAGAGCAUCUACCAGCACCCGCCCGAAUGUGACCCCUAUUAUCACUACGACGUCAAGACCAACACCUGCGUCUCGGCGACGAUCAUCCAGUUUGAGGACCAGAUCAACGAGUUGCCCAUGCAGGUGCUGCACGGAAUCGCGUUUCCGAUCUUGUCGCUGGUGACGCUGGUGAUGAACGGGGCUGUUAUUGCUGUGCUGCGGCAACAGAACAGGAAUUCCCCGACUGUUGGCCCGUUGGAAUGGAUGGCAGUAUCAGCAUGUCUUAUGGCGACCUCCCCGCUCCCGUUUAUCAUCUACUACUAUCACAUCAUCGAUCGUCACCAUCCAGUUCAGCAUAUUGGACUUUGUCAUCUGGAAAAGAUCUGCAUGCAAGUGUUGCCCUUCUUCUUCAACACGCUCACCACGUUCUUCACCUUGUUGCUUGGUAUCCAGAGAUUCAUCGCUGUGCAGUAUCCGCUCGAGUGUUCGAGGUGGUGCUCAAUCAAGGUGGUCAGAGCAUGGGCAAAAAUCAUCCUGUUCAUCUCUUUCCUCCUCACCGCCCUCCACUUCUUCGCCGACUCCAGGGUCAUCUACCACUUCUGCAUCCCGAGUUACCAGAUGCCGAAUGAAGCCCGAGAAUUGGGUAUGAAAUCGAUGUGGGUGGCCCGUUGCUACAUCGGCCACACUCCUCUCGCCAUCGCCCUCGGCCCAGAGGAGUUCGCAUGGAUGCUCGAUUUGCUACGCCUAUGCCUGCUCGUCAUCCCGUCCAGCUUCCUCUUCGUCAUCACAAUUCUGUUGAUCAGAACGAUACGCAUCGCCGACUCGUCGAGGCUACGGGAAUCUGGAGGUCGCCAUCGGCGUGGUCCCCGCGCGUCCGCCCACACGACGAUGAUGUUGGCGGUGGUGAUCUCGCUGUUUCUCCUUGCUCGUCUACCGAUCACGAUUCUGAUCCUUAUCGUCAAGAUUUCGGAGCUGAUCCCGAGCCUGGGCCAGGUGAUCUUCGUCCACAACCCCUACCUCAUCGCCCUCAACAAUCUUCUCUUUAUGACCGUACACCCAAUCACUUUUGGACUAUAUAUGCUAAUGUCAAAACGAUUCCGCGUUUCCCUCCGCAAACUCUUCGGCUGCCGAUUCCUAGCCUCCGACGCGGAUCUGCAGAUGAUCCCCGCUUUCUCCUCGGCCCGCAUGCAGUCGAUCGGCAGUAUGGGGCAGAAGAAGAGCUCCGACAUGAGCAUGGCACUGCUCAACGGCAGCCACAAGAAGAAGAAGCUCAGCCGGGCACCGCCCACGCAGCAGCUUGCUGAAGGCAUCCGAAAAAUCGCCGGCGAUCGGGCCCAAGCCGAAAUCGGGAUCAUCUGCGGCUCGGGGCUCGGCGAGCUCGGAAACCUGGUCGAGGACCCGUUCCCGGUCUCCUACGAUGACAUCCCGGCCUUCCCGCCACUACAUGUCCCUGGCCACAAGGGCAUCAUGCUGUUCGGCCGUAUCGCUGGCCACCGUGUCGUCUGCCUCCAGGGCCGUUUCCAUCCCUAUGAGUAUGAUAUGAAUCUGGCUCUUUGCGCCCUGCCCGUGCGCGUCAUGCACCAGUUCGGCAUCAAGACCCUGUUCGUCUCGAACGCGGCCGGUGGAAUGAAGUCGACUUUCCGAUACGGAGAUCUGAUGCUGAUCAAGGACCACAUCUUCCUCCCUGGCCUUGCUGGUCAAUCACCACUUGUCGGGCUGAGCGACCCUCGAUUCGGGCCUCGAUUCGUGUCGGUUCACGAUCUCUACGACAAGGAGUUGAGGAAGAUGGCGCUGCACGUGGCUGAGGAGCAGGGGAUCCGGAUUUCUGAGGGUAUCUACGUGAUGUGCGGAGGCCCACAGUAUGAGACGCCGGCUGAGGUGUCCCUGUUCAAGAUGUUGGGCGCCGACGCGUUGGGUAUGUCAACCUGCCACGAAGUCGUCGUCGCCCGCCAGUGCGGAAUUAAGGUCCUCGGCAUGAGCCUCAUCACCAAUAUCGCCAACUUCGACACGGAAAACGCGGUUGAGGUGACCCACGAGGAGGUGCUGCAGGCCGCCAAGGAGAACGGGAAACGGGCCGCCGCCUUCGUCAAGGGCAUCCUGGCCGAGAUGAAGAAACGGGAA